ACUUGUUAACCAGAGUAACCACCCGAGCGUGUCCCAAAUGUCCGUAGAACUCUUGCGUUAUUUCGCAAAGUUAUCAGCGUUAUUUCGCAAAAAAAUUAUUUUUGAAUAGUUCAAAUUGGCACUAACGGGCUACCGUAAGAAAAGCAGCUUUCCGUUUAACUGACCUUUGACCAAAGGUUGUAAAAAGCCUGUUCAGUACAUGUAGUCCUGUACAUGUACAUGUACAUGUAUCGUGCACGCGUAUUGUAAUUUGUAGUGCAGUCAUGACCAGAUGGACCGAUUGGCAGAAAGUGGUCAGAUGACUGGCAUUGGGGAAGACAGGCCCAAGUGUAACGUUAGCGACAAGUAAUUUGUCGAGACUGGAAAUCAUGGUGUGCUUCUUGAGUUCCAUACAGGGCCCUGUGCAAGCCAAAAUUCGGCCUGCAAUGUGGAUACCAGGGGUGAAGCUGGUUCACAGCCACAGAGAAAAAUGGGACUGCCCAACGAGCCUUCCUGGUGCAUGUGUUGAAGAGAUUAUCAAAGCUGUGGAUAGGGUUCAAUCUGUGGAAAAAGCUAACAGUACAUUUCUUGUGAAUAAGGUUGAUCGGGAAAGGUUUAAAGUUCAGAUUUUCAACUGGACUUGGGCCGAGUGGUUGGACGUUGUGGAAAUAGAGUUCAAACAUGGUCAGGAGCAAGGAACAGAGGCUGAGUGUUUGUCUUUUUCAAGUGGUCUUGUGCCUACUUGGUUUCCUCUUUGUUUUGUCUUGAAUUCGAUCUUCUGUUUUGUCCCAUUCUGGGACAAGCACUUCAACCGGAAUCGAUUGGAGAGACUACGGUCUGCCAUGCAGAUCACAUGCAAACUUCAAGGAGAUGGAAAAGAGUUCCGUGACCCCCAGGUUUGAGAACAGUGGAACUUUGACACUUGCAGACUGAACAUCUGUGUUGACGGGGUGGUUGAGAUUCAAUGUUGGGAAAAUAUUAAUCAGUUGUUUUGCUACAUUUGAACUUGUUUAACAGGCAUGCAACUUUUCCUAAGAUCAGCUGAUUUCACCAUUUUUCACUUUACACACAAAGUCCAUUGAAAAUUGAAAACAAAGUACAUUGUACAAAUUGUUGUAAAGAUUGAAAUUUCCUCGCUUUUUGUCAAAGUCCAAGUUACAUGCCUGGUUUAGUCACGUGUGAUUACAGACUGGUUUUAGGUGAAUGGAGAUUUUGUGAUGGUGUUGAAGUUGUUAUGUCUGCACAGGUUAAUCCUUCUCAAAGUCACAAGUGACUCAAAUAAAUUCUUACAGAAAGAGGUACCUGUAUUCUUUUCAUUCCUUGUUUCUUGUGACUGACAUGUGUUUGACCUCUGUUUCUGCAGAAGUUUUUCAGUGUUCAAAUAUUUCUCAAGGAACCUGAUUUUUGUCUGUAAUUCCAUGUUGCUGAGAAAUGUCAGCUACUCAACUGAAGAUAAGAGAAAGUUCCAGAAUCCAUCUAUUUUCCUGUUCAUUUUAAAGUGAUAUUCAGUAUUUACAUGGGCAAUAAGCUUCCUUUUGUUCCUAGAGGUGUGAUAUGUCAAACCUUGAAAAACUAACUUGUUCAUAGAUUUUGGAGAUCAUGGAUCUUACAAUCAUCUAAGUACAUUUAUAUCUUAAUAUUUUGCUUUAAAUUCCAAAAUGUGGGCACUAUUUGUAACACAGCUGGAAGUAAUGAAAAUGUUAUUCCUGCAAUGUUUGCUUUGUAGCUUUUGUAUAUCUGUCAUUAUAGAAGUGUCAUUUCUAAAUCUGAAUUACUUCUUAGUUCAAGUAAUUUGUUUGCAUUUGAAAAGUCAUGUACAUCAAAGUUUCUUUCCAAUUUUUACAGAGUUGUACAUUUUUUUUCAUGUAUAUGAACUUAAUUUGAAAGUAAAAAUUUUGAAGUCCAUGUGGAAUAUGUUGAUAAAUUGAACCAAAUAAGGGAAGUUGUUUUUAUUUUGAACAAAUUUUAUAUUAUGGGUAUAAUUUUUUAUUUAAUAUUGUUUGACUUUCCUCAAAAGUAAUGAGGCAUGAUUGGAAGAAGUACUCUUCAUAUUUAUAAAUAUGCAAUAGCGUCCAGUUGUCAUGUGAACCCAAAUUUGUAUUUCUAUUUCCUCAAGUACUGAGUACAGUACUACAGCUUUUUUCCGCUGUAGGUCUCUUUUUUAUAAUUUUCAGUAAAUUUAAUCUUUUGCAAUUAGCAGUUCCAGACAGUUGCACGUAGCAGAUGUGUAACUUGGAACGGUGGUGGUCGCUGUUCUUUUCUCAUUGGCAAUUGGCUGAAUUGAGUUACUUGAAAAGGAAAUAUUGAUUUUUAAUUUUGAACAAUACAAGAUUGUUAAACUAGGCUUGUCUGUUGAACGGUAUGUGCUAAGAGGCAGUUUUGUUGAAACAACUUACAAAGAAUUUUGAAAUGUCACAUAAAUGGUAGUGCUAAAAUAUUUGGAUGUACUCGAUCAUUUCUAAGUAACAGUUAAUGUAAUUGUUAUUUUUUUGUAUUAAUUCCACAUCAUAGCAAAACCUGCAAAGUUUGUGAAACGAACAGUACUCGGCAGACAUUAUUUUCGAAGAGCAUUUAUUGAGCCUAUGAAUAUAUUUUCAAAUGGUUGA